AUAUAUAUAUCACACACAAGAGAAUGAAUACAUUUAAUUUGUUUAAAUUACCAAGCGAGGAAUGAUUACAUUUCACUGAUUAAAUUCCAUCUGCUUAAACAAAAGUUGUUACUAUUUUAAGGUACGAAUCUCUCUGUAACUUGUAGAGGCAAAGCACCUCAAUUCUGUUCUGUUCUUUAGAUUUUUUCCAUUGUCUUAAUUCAAUCCAAUUGAUAAAUUUUUGACCUUGUUACAGGUUUAUUGGUGAGCUCCACAAAUUAGGAAUGCUGGCAACAAGUGUAAUGCAGCGAUGCAUUAAGCAUCUUGUUUCUGAAGGAGAUGAGCAUUCCUUGGAGUGCCUCUGUAAACUGCUGAUGACACUUGGAAAGCAAGAACGAAGAAUGUUUCUGUUCAUUCUUGGACAGUUUUAGUUUUAAUUUGCAGUUCUCCUACUGUUUACUUUAUUGCCCUCUUUUGGGCUCUCUGUAGACCCCAGGCUUAUAUGUGACGUACAAUGCAAAAAGCAGUAAGAGUGUGCCUUUGAUCUCACUGACUUUCUUGCUUCUGUCUCGUAGCAUGCAAGUUGUUCUUAACUGUUAUACCUUCUUUGCACAAAAUCGUAGUGAGAAGGCAUCAUGGGCUGGUCGUGCCUCGUCGUCCAGUUGAUUCAACUCGAGCACCAAUGGACAGACUAGGAUGAAAUUUGAUAUGGACGUUGUGCUGUUCUGCAUGACGUCACUCAAUCCCGUUUUGAGUAUCCAAUUAGCAGUGGACUUCCACAGAAUGAAAGAUCUUUCACAGAAGAAGGGAACGAGAUUUAUGAUCAAAGAUGUGAUAGACCUCCAGAAAGAGGAGUUGGUCCCAAGAAGGAGUGACUCAACCCCCAAAACAGUUGACCAGAUCCAGAAGGAAGAAGAGGAGGGAGAUUGGGUGACCAGUUGAAACUAAAUUUCCCUUUCCAAACACCUCACCUAAAAGCCGUGUUGAAACUAAAAAAAUUAAAUUGUAAAUAAAUGUUUGUAUUCAAUAAAAGUGGUUGGUUUUGUU